GAAAAUAAGGUUAACUAAACGUCACUUUUGACAGAUAUAAACAUUACGCGUUUUAAUAACUAAUCUUUGGAAUUGCUGCGUAAUAUCUAUUUGUAAGUGUUAAAUCACGUUGUUUAUUAAAAACUAAAGAUUUACAACUUUAAUUGUAUUCUUGGAAAAACUGAUCUAAACCAAGUGUUAAGCUUCUAUAAGAGAUAAUGGAUGACGAUAUCUUAACAACGUUAAAGAUUCUAAUAAUAGGCGAAAGUGGGGUUGGGAAAUCAAGUUUAUUGUUGAGAUUUACCGAAGAUAACUUUGACCCUGAACAAACAUUAACGAUAGGUGUUGAUUUCAAAACAAAGAAAUUAACGAUAGAUGGGAAUACAGUAAAAUUAGCAAUUUGGGAUACUGCGGGGCAAGAACGUUUUAGAACCUUAACACCUUCUUAUUAUAGAGACGCCCAAGGUGCUAUUUUAGUGUAUGAUGUGAGCAAUUACAGUUCUUUUGCUAGAUUGGAAACUUGGCUUAAUGAAUUGGAUAUAUAUUCAACAAAAAGAAACAUCAUAAAAAUGGUUGUUGGAAAUAAAAUUGAUGUGGAAAAUCGAGAGGUUACAAGAGAACAAGGUUUACAAUUUGCAAGAAGACACCAAACAUUAUUUAUAGAAGCAAGUGCAAAAACAAAGGAUGGGGUUCAAUGUGCUUUUGAAGAGUUAGUUCAUAAAAUAAUUCAAACCCCUGGGUUAUGGGAAUCUUUUGGUGAUGGUGGAAUUCAUGUGAAUAAUAAAGAUCACCCUGAACCUUCCAGUUGUUCUAGUUAUUGUAGUUUAAUUUAAAAUAAACUAAAAUUUUAAUAAAAAGCGAAUAUUUUUUACAUUAAA